AUGCCUAUCAUCUUGCAGUCAGCUCUUGUCUCCAACAUCUACUUCAUCUCUCAGCUAUUAUACAGAAAGUUUGGUGGAAACUUUUUGGUGAACCUUAUCGGUAUGUGGAAGGAGUCAGAAUACAGCGGGCAGUCUAUCCCCGUUGGUGGUAUUGCGUACUACAUAACCGCCCCGUCAAGCUUAGCUGAGAUGGCAACUCAUCCUUUCCACGCUCUGUUCUACCUUGUGUUCAUGUUAGGCGCGUGUGCGUUGUUCUCUAAAACCUGGAUUGAGGUCUCCGGUUCAUCAGCCAAAGAUGUCGCCAGACAACUAAGAGAACAGCAAAUGGUAAUGCCUGGUCACCGAGACUCAAAUCUUCAAAAGCAACUGAAUCGAUACAUUCCCACGGCUGCAGCUUUUGGCGGUCUAUGCAUUGGUGCACUCACCGUCUUGGCUGACUUAAUGGGAGCUAUUGGGUCCGGCACUGGAAUCCUUCUUGCAGUGACAAUCAUAUAUCAAUAUUUUGAAACCUUCGAAAAAGAAAAAGCAAGCGAGCUAGGUGUCUUCGGUUUGUAA